CGAAGUGUUUCAAACUUUAGCCGAUUCUACAAAGUCAAGGAAAUAUUUGUAUUAAUUUCAGUUUCAGUGUUGUAAACUUCUCAUUAACAUCUUUUACGUUAUAACUCCAUGUGUAUCUCUUACAAUUAAAUCGGAUAUUCUUGAAGGAAAGCAUCUGGACGAUCAAAAAAGAGUCAACAAAUGGCAGCAGAAAGAGAGAUUAUUGACUUGAAAGAAAUCGUAGAAGACCGAGCAUGGAAUUUCUACACCAAGUGCCGCAAAAAGUGGCAACCAAAGAAACGGAAAAAUGUAAACCUCGUUUUUGAUUGGUCAGAAGUUACUUUUGAUGUGAAAGAGCCAAAGUACAAAGAGAAAUCCGGGUCGGAAAAGUUAGUUUCAAAUGUAAUUUUCAAAUCGGUUUUUGAAAAUAAAAGUAAAACUGCGCAGUCGCAUUCUCUGAAAGCUGAAAGACAAACGGUUGCUUCAUGCAAGGCAUCACUGACGAAGUGCUACACUAUAAGUACAAACAUGGCCCUAACACUUUCAGCGCCAAAAAGCGUGGCCACGGCGUCUGUAGGAUAUUCUGCUGGAUACACGGUGACAUACAAUAAAGAAACCACAGACCAAAAGACUCUAACCUGGGCAACUGAAGGCAACCUAACUGUUGCCCCGGAAUCAAAACUAACAGCCGAACUAGAAAUCAUUGAGAAACAAUGUGAAUAUACAUUUGAAACUAAAGCUGCUAUUACUGGAACUGUUAUUGUUAACAUUCAUAGUCGGAAAAACAAAAAUAAAUUCUUAAAAGUGUACACCGGAGAUAUGAAAGCUAUAUUAUCUGAUAAAAUAAAAGACAUUGAAAGUGAGGGGAGAACUGUUUAUCUUGAAAUUAAAGGAGAAUGUGACUUCAAGUAUGGAAUAGAACAGCAAAUUGUAAUUAGUUGAGAUGUGAUCCAAAAGGGGGAUUCGGGGGGUCGGAAACCCCCUUUUUCUGGACGAUCAAUACAUUUGAAUACAUAUAGUUGGAACCCUCCUUUACUCUGGGUUGGGAACACCCUUUUAGAAUGGCUGGAUCCGCCCCUGUAAACAGUAUAACGCGUGCGUGUCUCACGCGCUUACACAUAAGGAUAAUACGACAAAGAGUUUGCAUCCGCUUUAAUUUGAUAAGAAAUCAGUAAAUAGAAAUCAGAGAUUUGAGUUCAAAAACUCGAAAAUGAUAAGUAUCGUUCGGCUACUGUGAAUCAGAUACAUGACAUGCAUUCAUAUAAAGUGGUGUUCUUUCAAGUACACUUUUUAGCACACAAGACAAUGGUCAUUUACAGAUACUGAAUUUAACUUGAGGUUUAUCCAAAGCGCUUUCGUUUUGUGCCUGGUGUGUAUAAUGUGCGAUUUUAUAUUAAAAAUAUAUAUA